ACCUCAACGCAAUGGCCACGAAGAAGACAGACGCCAACGACUACUCGCGCUUCGACAAGAUCUCGGACGCCGACGAGGCGCCGGGCGCAGACUGCCGCAACUGCGGCACGACAGGUGCCAAGCUCAAGUGCUCUGUCUGCAAGAAGGCCACGUACUGCCACCGCGCGUGCCAAACCAGCGACUGGUCCUACCACAAGCGCAUUUGCAAAAAACCCGAGGAGCCCAAGAAGCCGACUCCGUCCAAGCCUACGGCGGCAUCGUCGACGACCACUGCUGCCACAUCGACGACCAAGGCGGUGACAACGACGACAUCCGCGGCCAAGGCCAAGCCGGCCAAGACCGAAGUUGUUGUCGAAGACGAAUCAAUCGAAAACGCCAAGGGCUACAAGAACGGGCUUCCGUACUUCCAUCGCGAGCAGUCAGAGCACGAGAAGGCGCUCAUUGGCGACAUUGCGCCAAAGAAGAUUGAAGAGGUCGAAGUGGUGGCACCGGCGCACGAUGGGUCGGCGUGGAACACGGCCGGCACCUUUGAGCAGCGCGACUUUACCAAGUGGGCCAAGGGUCGCCUCGAAGAGCUCCUCGCGAGCGUCGAAGUCCUGCACUCGAGCACGACGAUCCGAACCAAGCCCGUGAAGGACCUCAAGGGCGACGCCUCCGUGUGCGUCAUCCGCGGCAAGAAGCGGUUUCUCUUUGACUUUGAGUUUACGCUCGAGUGGGAGGCGGUCGGGCUGAACGCCAAGGGGAAGCUCAAGUGCCACGACAUUGGCAACGACGGCGACUACGAGAUCCAGUGCUCUUACGACAAGAAGCCAUCGGACACCAUCGAGGCCCAGGCUGUCCACGCCGCCGUCACGAGCAAGACGUCUGGCCUCCACUACGCCGUCGCGCAAAAGAUCGGCCAGUUCUCGACCGACUUUCAGGCCUUGUAGAUUGAUGCAACAAAGUACGUGUUAGACAAA